AAAAAGAAAAAAUUGUAUUUAGUUUCUGUUUUGGCGAAUUUCCCAGUCAUUUCUCUAUAGUAUACUCUUACUACCCAAACACAAAAGAGAAAAAUGCAAGGCAUCCGAUGGUGCAAAGUUUUGAUACCCUCGAAUCGCUCUCUAAUCUUCCUUCCACGGAACCCAUCACUGCCCCAAUACUCCUCACAACCCCAACCAGGUCAAAACCACAAUCACAAACACCACUUGGUUUCUCCUUCAAGAGUCCAAAAGCUCAUUGCUGCACAAUCCGACCCUUUACUCGCCAAAGAGAUAUUCGAGUACGCCUCUCGCCAACCCAACUUUCGCCAUUCUUAUUCUUCAUUUCUCAUUCUCAUUCUGAAGCUAGGCCGCUCAAGGUACUUCUCUCUUAUCGACCAUCUCCUUCUUCGUCUCAAGGCUGAGAGAUACCCAGUUACGCACACCCUGUUUUCCUAUCUUAUCAAAAUCUAUGGAGAGGCUAAUUUGCCCCAAAAGGCUUUUCAAACCUUUCAUACUAUGCUGGAAUUUGACUGUAAGCCUUUGCCCAAACACUUGAAUCGGAUACUUGAGAUUCUAGUUUCUCACCGGAGCCAUCUCCGGCUGGCUUUUGAGCUUUUCAGGAAUUCUCAUGAGUAUGGAGUAUUGCCUAAUACUGAAUCUUACAAUAUUUUGAUGAGUGCCUUUUGUUUUAAUGGCGAUCUUAGUAUUGCAUACGACCUCUUCAACAAAAUGUUUAAGAGAGACCUCGUUCCUAAUGACGAGUCGUAUAGGAUUUUGAUGCAGGGGUUGUGUAGGAAAGGGCAGGUUAAUACGGCGGUGGAAUUUUUGGAGGAUAUGGUGAACAAAGGGUACACUCCUGACACCUUGAGCUAUACUACAUUAUUGAAUAGUUUGUGUCGGAAGAAGCAGCUAAGAGAGGCAUAUAAGCUUCUGUGUAGGAUGAAGGUUAAGGGGUGUAAUCCUGAUAUUGUUCAUUAUAAUACAGUUAUUAUGGGAUUUUGCAGAGAAGGUCGUGCCAUUGAUGCUUGUAAGGUUCUUGAGGAUAUGGCCACAAAUGGGUGUUUACCCAGUGUGGUGUCUUACCGAACAUUGGUUAGUGGAUUAUGUAACCAAGGAAGUCUUGAUGAGGCAAAAAGAUACCUUGAGGAGAUGGUGUCAAAGGGGUUUUCUCCACAUUUCUCAGUUAUUCAUGCUUUGGUCAGAAGUUUCUGUAAUGUUGGUAGGGUUGAGGAUGCUUGUGCGGUUCUGGGGCAUGUUCUAAACCAUGGGGAAGUUCCUCAUGUAGACACUUGGACAGCAAUAGUUCCUAGGAUAUGUGAAGAUAAUGCAACCAUAGGAAUAAUCGACGAUAUUCUGAAAGGGGUGUAUACAGUUAAAGUUAAGCAAGAAAUGAUACUAGAGCCUCGUACUUGUCUAGAGAACUCUCUCUGAUGAAUGAAUCGCAAGAUGAUUAAGCCUAACACAUUUUUUAAAUCCGUCAAUGUUGGAAUGGAUGCUUCAGCAAAGUUGUUCUUGAUAAUACUCUGGUUGUUCUGUCAUUCUAGAGGAUUCUUCAAAGUGGAAAAUGUGAGGAUGGUUUAUGCUAUCACAAUGGUGAGCACAUUUGGUGCCGAAGGUAUUAUCAGCUCAGUGUGGCAAGUAUCUGGUUGAGCAAUGAGUACCAUGAAGCAUUGCAACAGAAAUUGAGCUAGAUCAAUCUUGGUGAUGAGUGAUCAUAGUUGGGGCUGGUAUAUUGAAAGCCAGAACACAGAAGAACAGUGGGCAGAUGUAAGUGAACUCUGUAUUGCUGCAUUUUAUGAUGAGUUUCUAGAAAGGGUAGAAUUCAAAGCAGGAAAUGGGAAGUCUAUACUGUAUUGUAAUAUAUCUGGAGUGGGAAUGAGCCUCUGUCACAUGUAUUCUCUGAUAUGUCAGAAUAUGUUCUAUAAGGUAUAUUUCAUAAAAAAUGAUUGAGAAAAUUCAGGUUGGACUUUACAAUUUUUUAGGAACUUCAAUGAUGUAGAAGUUCCAUAUCAUAUUAGGCCUUUUGAGAGAUCUGAAGGAAUAACGGUCUGGUCAGAUUUUAUGAUUUUAUAACUUAAAACUUGUGGGUUCUAUGUAAGUACUUGAUUGGUAGAGUAUUUUUGAAAAUUGUAUCCAAAUCAGAAUGAAAAAUGGUAAAGUCAUGUUUAUUUCACUC